AUGUAUUUGGAUGGAGUUGAAACAUUGUUUAACCGCCCAGAAAGGAAUUAUGACAUGGGUGACCGUGGCCUAGGGUUGGCGGUAUUCACUCAAACUGUACGUCCCUUUGGUCUAAUGACCAAGGACAUUUUACCAGAAUGUGAUCCAACAGUUCCAUGGACACUCUAUGAUGUUAAGAAGUUCUUACGUGACUUGGGUUUGGGAUAUGAAACAAUUCAUUCGUGCAAGAAUGAUUGUGCACUAUUUUGGAAGGAGAGUGUUAAUUUGGAGAAAUGCCCUACAUGUGACGCGUGUAGAUACAAGUUGAACGAUGAUGGUGGUAAAAAGAUUCCACACAAGGUAUUACGGUACUUUCCAUUGACACCGAGGUUGAAAAUACUGUAUAUGUCCAAAAAAACAGCUGCAGAUAUGAGAUGGCACAAUGAGAAGCGUGUGGAUGAUGACAUAUUAAGGCACCCGGCCGAUGGUGAAGCAUGGAAGGACUUUGAUAAGCAACAUCCGACGUUUUCUGAUGACUCUCGAAAUGUAAGGCUAGGGCUGGCAACAGAUGGUUUCAAUCCAUUUGGGAAUAUGAGCACAUUAUAUAGCAUGUGGCCCGUAAUCUUAAUGCCUUACAAUCUUCCACCGUGGAGAAUGCAUGCGGCGGUAAUGUGGACCAUAAAUGACUUCCCUGCGUACGGUAACAUGUCAGGGUGGAGUACAAAGGGUUACUUGGCUUGCCCUAAUUGUAACAAUAAUGCAUCGUCCCAGGGAUUACGAAGUAAAAUAGGGUAUAUGGGUGCUCGUCGCCACUUGCCUGAGAACCACACCUGGCGAACAAGUAAGCUCUUCAAUGGUCAAACGGAGCAUAGGUCCAAACCUUUGGACAUAUCGGGGGACCAAAUACUAGAGCAAAUUGAUUCUGGGACUUACAAGCCGUAUGGAAAGCACCCACAAAAUCGAAAACGACAAAGGAAUGAACAUCAAAAUUUGAAUCGGAGCAAGAGAAGCAUUAUGUUUGACUUGCCCUAUUGGAAAACAUUGAAGCUUCGACACAACCUUGAUGUCAUGCAUAUUGAGAAAAACAUAUGUGACAAUGUUGUUGGGACACUUUUGAGCGUAGAUAGAAAGAACAAGGACAUGGACAAAGCACGCUUAGAUUUGGAGGACAUGAAAAUACGUAAUGAGUUACACUUGAAGAGGCGUUCUAAUGGGUCCUUUGAGAAGCCUCCCGCAUUUAUAACAUUGCCAUCGGCUUGCAAAAUUAGGUUGCUUGGCCGUCUAAAAGGGUUUGUGGCCAACAAAGAUCAUCCUGAAGGUUCUAUUGCCGAGGCUUACAUUUCCAAAGAAUGUACAACAUUUUGUUCAAUGUAUUUGGAUAGAGUUGAAACAUUGUUUAACCGCCCAGAAAGGAAUUAUGACAUGGGUGACCGUGGCCUAGGGUUGGCGGUAUUCACUCAAACUGUACGUCCCUUUGGUCUAAUGACAAGGGCGUCCGAUGUGUUCGUAGCUGAACGCGAGUUGGCUCAUUGGUCCUACACAAUAGCACAGAAGUGGAUAAACACGGAGCACAAGAACUUGUUACACCAAAGAGCCGGUGCGUUCGACAUCGAAAACAAACAUCGGAAAGAAUUUCCUAAAUGGUUCAAAGAUCAUAUGAAUGAAUUGCGGAGCCAAGUUUCCCCCGAAGCAACUGAUGAUAUGUGGUCAUUAGCCAAUGGUCCUAGGGGCUUAGUGAACACACAUUCAGGAUGUAUUUGUAAUGGUGUCCGUUAUCAUACUAUCGACUGUGACAACCGUCGGAAAAGUCAAAAUUGUGGAUUAGUCGUGGAAGGAGAGCAUCAAGGCCAAUUGAUACACUUCUAUGGACACUUGUGCAGAGUAUGGGAACUGAACUAUUUGUUCAGACGUCGGAUUGUAUUGUUCCAAUGUGAAUGGUUUAACACCGGUAGUAGUAGAACUAUGCGUGUAGAACCACAUUUUACAACAGUUGAUAUAACAAGUCGAUGGUACAAAGAUGACUCAUUCAUAUUACCAAGUCAGGUUGAACAAGUAUUCUAUGUUAAUGACACCAAAUUAGGUACCAAUUGGAGAGUCGUAGAAAAGUUCCAACAUCGAAGAAUUUGGGAUGUGCCAGAGAUGGAUGUCGUACAACCUGGUGAUGUGUUCCAACAAGAAGAAACCACCGAGGUGGUACCUACUAUGGCUAUUAAUGAUGAUGUGGUUUUGCGUCGACAUGACAUUAAAUCUGAAAUUAUUCCAAUGGAAGUGUUGCAAUCUGUCAGAGUUGUAGAAGCCAAGGGUGUUAUAGAUGAUGCCUUCAUCUGUGAUGAUGAAGAUGGAUUAAUGAGGGAGGGUGACGACACAGACGAAGAAUAUGACCUACAAAGUGAUUUUGAUACAGAUGUUGAUGUAGAAUCUUGA